GUCGGGAGCGCGGCGGCAGAGGCGGGAAGCGCGAGCGGCGGCGCCAUGGCUCGAGCGUGUCAGCACCCGUUCCUCAACGUCUUCAGACACUUCAAGGUAGAUGAGUGGAAGCGGUCCACUAAGGAGGGCGACGUGGCGCCCGUGACGGACAAGACCCUGAAGUGCACCGUGUAUCGAGUUCGGGGCUCUGUUUCUGCUGGCAAUUACAUCCAGCUCCCCAAAACCAGCACCCAAUCACUGGGGCUGACAGGACGAUACCUAUACGUGCUCUUUCGGCCCUUGCCCACCAAGCACUUCAUCAUUCACUUGGAUGUGUCCACCGAGGACAGCCAGGUUAUCCGAGUGUCCUUCUCCAAUCUCUUCAAAGAAUUCAAAUCAACAGCCACGUGGCUUCAGUUCCCUUUUAUCUUUGAGGCUGGGAGGUCCAGGAAAGACCUGGCAGGUAUGAUCCCUGCUGGUACCCGCUGGACCUGCCUGCAGAUCGACCUGCACGACAUCCUCCUGGUCUACCUGAACCGGUGCUACAGUCACCUCAAGAGCAUCAGGCUGUGUGCCAACCUGCUAGUUAGGAACCUCUACACCAGUGACCUGUGCUUUGACCCAGCUGUCACCAUUGCUGAAGCCCGGAGGGCAAAGCUGCCUGUCACCCCUGUACCUCGAGAAAUGGCAUUCCCAGUGCCGAAAGGGGAGAGGUGGCAUGACCACUACAUCCACAUCCGGUUUCCAAGUGACAGCUCAGAAACAUUCUCCGAACCGGUUCAGAAGAGCUGUUCCCUUCCUGAGGCAGUCUUACCGGGGCAUGUGCUGCAGCUUCUUCCUCGUCCGGUGGCCUUCAGCAAGCAAGUACAGGACAGUGUGUCCCUCAAGGUCCAGAAGCUUGGCCCUACAGCCUCCCGCUGGGCCCCUUCGGCACCCAGACCCCUUCCAGAAGUCAACCUGUCCUGUGAGUGCUCAGAGGUCUCCAGUGUGGGUGGCCCUAGUGGCCAUUGCCAAGAGCCCUUCCCCUGGGUUGACAAACGUGCAGCUGGUGACAGUAUUCACAUAUCUGCUCAUAAGCCUGCUGUGGAGCCUGCGGCCCCAGAACAUACAGCCUCACAAGAGUUUUUUGGCAGAAAGCAGAACCAACAAGAGAGCUUCCUGCCAGAUCCAGUUCUGAGGCUCAAGGGGGUCAUCGGCUUUGGAGGUUACAGCACCAAAUGGGCCCUGUGGACCCGGGAUGGGGCUGCUGUCGUGUACCCUUGCCAUGCGGUCAUUGUCAUCCUGCAUGUCGACACCCGGGAGCAGCGUCUCUUCCUUGGCCACACAGACAAGGUCUCUGCCCUGGCCCUGGAUGGGAGCGGCUCACUGCUGGCCUCAGCCCAGGCGCGGCCCCCCAGCAUGCUGCGCCUUUGGGACUUCCAGACUGGGGAGUGCCUGUCCCUGUUUCAGAGCCCAGUCCUCACCAUCUCCUCCCUCAGCUUCUCGGACAGCGGGGCGCUGCUCUGUGGCAUCGGCAAGGACCGCCAUGGGCGGACGAUGGUGGUGGCGUGGGCCACAGACCAGGUGGGGCGAGGUGGAGAGGCUGUCAUUCUCGCGAAGGCACACACCGAUGUUGACAUCCAGGCAUUUGAGGUUGCCUUUUUUGAUGAAACCAGGAUGGCAUCGUGCGGCCGGGGCAGUGUGCGGCUGUGGCGGCUGCGAGGCGGGGAGCUGCGCUUCUGCCCUGUGGACCUGGGGGAGCACCACGCACUGGAGUUCACUGACCUGGCCUUUAGGCAGGCCCAGGACGGCCACACACUCUAUGUGUGUAGCCGCAGUGGCCACAUCCUAGAGAUUGACCACCAGCACAUGGCCGUGCGGCAUGCUCGCCGCCUCCUGCCCAUGCAGACCCCUGGUGGCCCCCUUCCACAGAAGCAGACCUUUAGUUCAGGCCCUGGCAUCGCCAUUAGCAGCCUCAGUGUCUCCCAGGCCAUGUGUGCCGUGGGCUCCGAGGAUGGCUACCUGCGCCUCUGGCCCCUGGACUUCUCUUCUGUGCUCUUGGAGGCAGAGCAUGAGGGCGCCAUCAGCUCCGUCCUCAUCAGCCCUAAUGGCCUGCGUGUGCUGUCCGCCACCUCCUUGGGCCACCUGGGCUUCCUAGAUGUCCCAUCCCAGGAAUACAGUGUGCUGGUACGGUCCCAUGCUGCUCUGGUGGUGGCCCUGGCCACUGACUGCAGCCGGGGACAGCUGGCCACUGUGUCCCAGGACCACACUGUCCGCAUCUGGGAUCUGGCGACCCUGCAGCAGUUGUACGACUUCAUGUCGCGGGAGGAGGCCCCGUGUGCCAUCGCCUUUCACCCCACACAGCCGACCUUAUUCUGUGGCUUUAGUAGUGGGGCUGUCCGCUCCUUCAGCCUGGAGGCUGCCGAGGUCCUGGUGGAGCAUAGAUGUCACCAAGGAGCCAUCACCGGCCUGGUCACCAGCCCUGACGGCAGCUUCCUGUUCAGCUCCUGCUCUCAGGGCACCCUGGCCCAGUACCACAUCGGUGGCCCCUGGUGCCGAAUCCUGCGUAUGGCAGCAGCUAACGUGGUGUGCCUGGACUCCUGCCCGAGCCCCAAUGCCCUGGCGGUCAGUGGGGACAGCCGCCUGCUGGCCUUCGUGGGUCCCUCCAAGUACAUGGUGACUGUCAUGAGCACAGCCUCGCUGGAUGAGCUGCUGAAGAUUGAUGUCAGCGCCCUGGACCUGGCUGGCAGCUGCCUGAACUCAGCUAUGGUCGUCUGCUUUGGCCCCACACCCCCUGGCCACCUACUGGUAUCCACAUCAUCAAACAUGGUCGCAGUGCUAGACGCCUUGUCGGGCCGUGUGGUCCGGGAGCUGUGCUGUGUCCACCCUGUGGCCUGCUCCUCCCUAGCUCUUAGUGGGGAUGGCCGCUUCCUGCUAACAGCUGCUGACCGGGCCAUCAAGGUGUGGGACUACUUGGCACAGGCCAGCCCUAGCUGCCAGGUAUACAUUGGCCACUCAGAGCCUGUGCAGGCCGUGGCCUUCACCCCUGACCAGCAGCAGCUCCUCAGUGUGGGAGACGCCAUCUUUCUCUGGGACAUUUUGGCCCCCACUGAGAGGUCCCCCCCAGGAAGCGUUCAAGGCUCGCCCAAGGCCCCUCCAACGUGCAAGGCUAGCCUCAGGGCAAGACAGCUGGAGGACGUGGUAUCUGGGGCCAGUGGGCUCCCCCGGCAGCAGGUGCCUGUGCCAUCCUGGGCAUCCCCACUCCAGCUGGGCAUCUGUGCCAGGCCCUCCAAGGGCCUUGAUGCUACCUGCAGCACCAGGAGAGCCAGGGUUCAGCCCACCACCCGCCCAGACUCCUACAAGCACUUCAUGGCACGCUACAAGGCCUCCCCGCUGGCCAAGGAUCUCUCCUUAUCCCCCGCUGGCGACGAGCAGCUGCACCUGAAGGCUGUCGUGGGCUACAAUGGGAACGGGCGGGCCAAUGUGGUCUGGAGGCCAGACACAGGCUUCUUCGCCUACACGUGCGGCUGCCUGGUGGUGGUGGAGGACCUGCACUCUGGCGCCCAGCAGCACUGGGUCGGCCACCCCGAGGAGAUCUCCACACUGGCCCUCAGCCACUAUGCUCAGAUCCUGGCCUCUGCCUCCGUCCAGAGCAGUACUGCCUUGCACUGCCAGAUCCGCCUCUGGGACGUACAAGGGGGCUCCUGCCGGCAGCUCAUCUCUCACCACAGCACUGCUGUCCAAGACCUGGCUUUCUCGCCAGAUGACGGGUUUCUUGUCACACUGGGGGACUAUGGUGACCGCACCCUGGCCCUGUGGAGCACAGCCACCUGUGAGCUCAUGACCUCUGUGUGCCUCCUGGAACCAGUCCAUGGCGUGGCCUUCGACCCCUGGGAUGGUGGUGUGCUCGCCUGUGUGGGCCGGGGUGCUGUCACCUUGUGGCUUCUGCUGCAGCUUGGGGCUGACGUCAGCCUCCAGAUCCACCAGGAGCCCAUCCCGGAGGAGGUGGGGGCGUGCGAGCUGACCUCGCUCUGCUUCGGGCCUGCGCCCCUGCUGUACUGUGGCUCCAAUGCUGGGCAGGUGUGCGUUUGGGACACACGUGCUGGCCGCUGCUUCCUGGUCUGGGAGGCCGACGACGGUGAGAUUGGAGUGCUGCUGUGCUCAGGUACGCGGCUGGUCAGCGGCAGCAACACCAGGCGUCUGCGCCUGUGGGCCGUGGGGGCUGUGCCAGAGCUGAGGCGCAAGGGCUCCGGUGCCAGGUCUCACUCUGUGUUCAUGGAGCAUGAGCUGACCCUUGAUGGGGCUGUCGUGAGCGCGGUCUUCCACGACAGCAUGGAUAUGGGUGUGGUGGGCACCACGGCUGGCACUCUCUGGUACGUCAGCUGGGCCGAGGGCACCAACACCCGCCUCAUCAGCGGCCACAGGAGCCAGGUGAAUGAGGUGGUCUUCAGCCCCAGCGAGUCCCAUUGCGCCACAUGCAGUGAUGACGGGAGCGUGAGGGUGUGGUCCUUGGCCAGCAUGGAGCUGCUGAUCCAGUUCCAGGUGUUAAGCCAGAGCUGCCUCUGCCUGGCUUGGAGCCCCCCGUCCUGCAGACGCCCAGAGCAGCAGCAGGUGGUGGCGGGCUACAGUGAUGGCACCCUGCGGGUCUUCAGCGUCUCCCGAACGGCGAUGGAGCUCAAGAUGCACCCCCACCGGGCUGCACUGACAACCGUUGCCUUCUCUGUUGAUGGGCAGACCAUCCUUUCUGGAGACAAGGACGGGCUCGUGGCUGUGAGCCGUCCUCGCACGGGGAUGACCUUCCGUGUACUGAGUGACCACCGAGGCGCUGGGAUCUGCACCAUCCAGAGCACGAGAAAAGAGUACGGAGACUUCAGGGCAGAGGGCAUGGACCUGUGGCUGGCCGCCAGUGGAGACCAGCGGGUGAGCGUCUGGGCCUCUGACUGGCUGCGGAAUCACUGUGAGCUCGUGGACUGGCUUAGCUUCCCUGCACCCGUCGUCACAGAGGCUUCCGGCUGCCUGCCACCCACCCUUGCUGCCUUCUGCCCCUGGGAUGAGGCACUGCUGGUGUGUGUGGGCCUUGGCGUGCACCCUGAGGUGGUCUUCUACAGCCUCUACCAGAAGCAGGUGGUGAAGAAGAUCCCACUGCCUUUCUUUGCUAUGUCCAUGAGCCUGUCCCCCAGGGCCUGCCUUGUGGCCGUUGGCUUUGCUGAGCGGGUACUGACACUGGUGGACUGUGUGUCUGGGGCCGUGCAGGACUUUGCUGGCCAUGACGACUCGGUGAAGCUCUGCAGGUUUGCGCCAUCCAGCCGGCUGCUCUUCACCGUCGCCCACAAUGAGAUAUUGGUGUGGGAGGUCAUGAGCCACUAAGCUGCGGUAGGGACUGCAGGGUCAGGCGUGCCCUGUGGGGCUGCUAGGCGCCUGGCCCAGGCAAAGGCUCAGCCAGGCAGCUGGGUCGGCCACGGGCCCCAUGCUGGGUCAGGGUGGCUGGGGGGCUGCACCCCUCCACCCUAGACUGGCCCAGGACUAUGUGAGUCAAGAUCUUGAACAUAGGUGAUGUGUUUGUUGCUUCUUUUCCUGAGGGCUUUUUGUGUUUUACCUUGUACAGUUCAAAUAAAUGUGGGUGUUGCAAUGUGA